GACACCUCCGGCGUUCUGGGGGACUCCGUCCGCAUGUAAACAAACUGUCAGGAUAACGUGGAGGCCUCGCGGCGGCCGGAAGUUUCGCGAGCAGCUUGGGUUUAUUUGGGCUAAAUUUGCAUAUCAGCGUCCCGGACUAGCGGCUGCAUGUCGGAAGCCGUGUUCCAGGCGCCUCGGCGCCGCUGCAGAGUCCACCAGGCCUACCGGGCUCCUUUCCCGGUACCGCGGAAGGAGGAGGAGCAGGAGGAGGAGGCCGGCCGGCCGCAGGAGAGACUCUACCGGGCCGAACUGGUCAACCAGCAGGUUCUGGUCCGGGAUCCCGAACACAUCCUGGACAUCUACGGGAAGGGUUAUUUUGGUAAAGGCAUUCUGUCCAGAGCAAAGCCAGAGCACUGCAUCUCUGACCAAUGGGAGGAAUAUGGUGGAUGGCGUCUUCCGGUCAUCUCCCAUUCCAAGUAUAACCAGCUGCUGAGCUGGGCAGAGGGAGCGCUCCUAGCCCAGGGAUUGGAUGAGGACAUUGUCAGUCAAACACUUCUCAGGCUGUCUCAACCAAUAGAGCUGGAGGGUCACCAGAAGGAAGUGGGAGGAGAGAACGGACACAUAGAGGAGGAAGAAGAGAGCCAAGAUGGGACGUCUGCAGAGGAGGGAGGCCAGGAUGAUGGAAGACUGAUAGAAGAGGAUGAAGUGUGUGUCUCAAGGAAAAGACUCCUGAGUGACUCUGCCAAGGAGCCCUGGCCUCAGACUAAGAGGGUCUGCAGGUUCGACCCGCUGGCCUCACUUCAACAGGAACCAAAACAGGAAAUCUAUCCAGGCCCCAUUUUUUGUGACCCAGCCUGUCCUCUGGUCCUGGUGGUGUGUGAGACAGGAGGGGGGGUUGAGGAGAGCAGAAGAGAGACGAGGGAGGUGAGGAUGACUCCCUUCCACCUGACGGAGUUCCUGCAGCUGAGUCUGGAGGAGUCAUUCUUUCUUGUCUUUGCACUGGGUUGUCUGUCAGUCUACGAGAACCAGGAGCCCCUGUCAGUAACGCAGCUGUGGAGGCGGUUCCUGUCCUUUCAGCCCAGCUUUCCCAGUCUGUACACAGCCUACCACUUCUACCGGAGCCAUGGCUGGGUCCCCAAACCUGGUCUGAAAUAUGGAGUGGACUUCAUGCUCUACCGGAAGGGACCACCUUUCUACCACGCCAGCUACUCAGUGGUGGUGGAGAAGGUCAGCGAGGCCUUCAGAGGUGCAGUCUUGCGUCCGUUUACCUGGCGUUCUCUGGCAGCGGUGACCAGGAUCACAGCCAAUGUUUCCAAGGAGUUGGUGAUGUGUUACAUCAUCUAUCCAGAUGACCUGUCAAAAUCUGAGCUGACCUCCCCUCUCUGCCUGCAUAGGCUCAAUGUUCAGGAAGUGAUUGUCAGCAGGUGGGUUUCCUCCAAGGAGAGGGCUGAACAGGACGAUAUUUGAUUGGCUGACAUCUGGAUAGCUUUGAUUUGUCAGCUAGAAGCUGGGUGACUGAUUGGCUACAGAUGACAGGGAGGCGUGUCUCGGUGUUGCCUGGUGGUAAUGCCAUGAAGGGAGAGACAGUAACUGACAGACACAGGAGUGCAGCUUCCUUCUGCACUUUGUAAUGUCAUUGUACACAUUGCAGUUAAACAGAACUUUACAUAUUAAAGC